CUUUUCUUCACUGUACCGCACUGUGUGAGCUGUAGUUCUGCAGCCACGUCGCAGACCGAUACAGCAUCUCCUUUACCAAAGUAUCCGCCUGGGAUCGACUACAAGUUUACCACCUCGUACAGAUCGUCAUACGUUUUGUUUUUACCGUUUUAUUUUUGAAAAUAGUUACUCGUUACGGAUAAGUUGAGAAUAGUUAUCGCCUGUGGUCAUGGAACCAGAGGAUGUAUAUUUUAGAUCACCAGAACAAUUGAUAGAUGAGGAGGCGAAUGAGAAAGCAACAUCCGAGAGGAAGGAGGAUGGAGAGGAAUCCCGUAAAGCAGGGAGACCACCGUUGUCCCGCAUCCCUACCUUUCAAAGCUCAAUGGGCCGCAAGCGAGUCACCAUCCAGAGUGCAGAGUCAUCACUGAAGAUGGAUGGAUCCAGCCAGCAGGGCCAAAAAGAGAAAGCUGGUUCUACAGAGGCUGGAAGAGGCAAAAUGCCAGUAUCUGGGGGGAGAGAAAAAGCACUGCCCAUCCCAUCGGCUCGUUUACCCACAAGCCUUGCUGAUGUUCUCUUUGAAGGUGAUAUCUCGGAUCACACCUCCACUCUUUUAGCUCCGAAAAUAGAUCAAUCCCUUGAUCAAACGCCUGAGAUUACAAAAGACUCUGAUCAGGAUGACAUGUCACUGCAGCGACCCCCACUCAGGGACAUCUAUGAGACCAAUGAUCUCGUCGCAAAGCCUGUUUCUGAAUUUGAAACUGCAAGUGCAGAGAACAUCUCAGAAGAUGAGCAGAUGUCGGCACAGGAUGAUGUUGUAGAGGAUCUGAGCUCGGGCUCCUCUGAUGAUCAACUCGAGGCCUCGGCUCAAGCUUGUGAAGAAACUUUGAGUGAGGAAAAAGGAAGUGUAUCCCAAUCACUUUGGACAGAAGAAAAUCGUGUCACAGAGAACAAUGUGAAACAGUGCUUUGUUUCAGAUAAGGGUGAUGGAUCCGCACUUAGUGGUCAGGAUGAAACCGCUAAGAUGCAGAAACCUUUAGAUAGUAAAAAAUGCAUUGAAGAAACACGACAGGGAACCAAAACUGGCAAUACUAGUCCCACAAAACACACCCAGGCCAAAAUGUUUACACCCUCAAAGCAGACAAAAGGAAGGAGCUUUUUCCUUUUCUGUCUCGUGCCCUCCAUUCUCCUUCUUUUGGGUGGAUUUGCAUCGCAUAUCUUGCAGUAUGGAGUCCCUAAAUCCAUGUCACACCUGAUGUCACAACUGGAGCUUCACUGUCUGGAAAGUUUCUGGAUGCCUCAAGAGACGUGCAUCUCUGACUGUAGGCUCACUCUUGUUGAGAGUGUCCCAGAGGGCCUCAGCUUCCCUUCAGGCUCACCACACCUGCCAAGCAUUUCAGAGACUUGGACUAAUCUACUAAACAGAGCAAACAGCUCUGUUCACAUUGGUGCUUUCUAUUUCACACUCCGAGAUUCAGACCUGGGCCUUACGGAGCCCUCGUCUGUGCUGGGCAAAAAAGUGUUUAACCAACUGAAGCAGCUGGAACCAAAAGGAGUGAAGUUGAAGAUUGCAGUGAACGCCCCUCAGCCAUACAUUGCAGACACAGACGAACUGGUAGCAACAGGGGCUGACGUCAGGGGAGUUGACCUGCAGAGCAUCACUGGAGGCAUUUUGCAUACCAAACUGUGGGUUGUGGAUAAGAAGCAUAUAUAUUUAGGGAGCGCAAACAUGGAUUGGCGUUCUCUUACCCAGGUGAAAGAGGUUGGAGUGACUGUGGAAGACUGCAGCUGUCUAGCACAGGACGCUUCACGGAUAUUUGACGUGUACUGGGACAUUGGAGCUCAGAAGAAUGGAUCUCUACCUGCUUUCUGGCCAGGCCGGUUCUCCGCCCUCUCCAGUUCUAAGUACCCAUUAGCUGUUAAAUUCAACGGUGUCCCUGCACGUGUCUAUUUGUCUAGUUCCCCUCCUCCUUUAUCACCAUAUGGCCGUUCUGAUGACCUCUCAAGCAUCCUGUCAGUGAUUGCUGAUGCUGAGCGCUUCAUUUAUGUGUCUGUGAUGGACUACCUUCCCAUGUCCCAGUUCACGGAGCCCAUUCGGUUUUGGCCUGUCAUCGACUCGGCCCUUCGUGAGGCUGCUUGUACCAGAGGUGUUGAAGUGAAGCUGUUGGUCAGUUGCUGGAGUCACUCUCCUGGUGCCAUGUUUGUCUUUCUUCAGUCUCUGUCAGUCCUCAACAAGCCCCCUCUGAGCUGCAACAUUCAUACUAAAGUUUUCGAGGUGCCCUCAACACGAGAGCAGCAGAGGAUUCCGUUUGCACGUGUCAACCAUGCCAAGUACAUGGUGACUGAUCGAGUUGUUUACAUUGGAACUUCCAACUGGUCUGAGAAUUACUUCACCCAGACGGCAGGGGUUGGGCUUGUUGUGAAUCAGACAGGUUCUGCAGUGGGGCAGGGCCAGCAUACUGUUCAGAGCCAGUUGCAGAAGAUUUUCCAGAGGGAUUGGCAUUCAGAAUAUGCCCAACCCAUCACUGACGUUCACGCAGAACAUUGUAGCGGAAAAAAGCUUACAUAAUGUAUCAUGCUCUUUAUUUGUUAUGUUGCUAAGCAUUAUGAUUCAAAAAACCAAAACAUCAAAAACCAAAAACUCUUCCCUGCGGCAUUCCUGCCUACUGAUAACUUAUUUAUGUUUUAUGUAUUUGCCAAAAGGAUGCUGUGCAUUUUUAAUGUUUGUUAUAAAUAUGACAUUAAUUCUCUUUUUUUUUUCUCCAUCAAGUGCAUUUAUUGUAUAUUUGCAUUAUGUGACAUUUGCCAGAAUAAGGACAAGGUCCUUGAGCAAGCACUGAUCUAUGAUGUUGAACUGGUUAAACAUGCAUGUCAAUAAAAUGUUGUAAUAGGUGCCUUGGCUGUAAAGUUUGUUUUCAAAAUAAAACUACUUUUCAGUAAGAAAA